UCACAGCAGGUCAAAUGUCUUCAAAAUGAAGACGUCUCUUCAAACCUGGCAUCCCCGAUUAUGACCAAAACACAAAAGUAAACAUUGGUGGAGUGGUAGACUGUUCAGCUAUUCAGUAAUAAUCAAUUCAAUAAUAUUUUAAUUGUUGGCUAUUGUAAGCAAACAACUUAGCGUGUUUGCCAAAACAAAGUUUUCCCCUAGUCAACGAUCUAUCCUUCAAUAUGAGCAGUGGGUUUGUUACGGAAACGGAGAUUGUGGAAGCCCGUAAAAGGCGACAGGAAGAAUGGGAAAAAGUGCGAACCGCAGAUCAGCCGCUGGAGGCUCCGGAGGAAGAGUACGAUUCACGAUCGUUAUAUGAUAGGCUCCAGGAACAGAAGCAAAAGAAAGAUCUUGAAUACGAGGAGGCACACAAACUCAAAAACAUGAUAAAAACAUUGGACGACGACGAGGUAGAGUUUCUCGAUCUCGUAGAUAACAACAAGCUCAAGGCCGAGCGACAAGCACAACUCGAUGAAGAGAAAGAAAUGUCCGAAUUUCGACAGAAGGUUGCUUCACUGCAUGAAAAGCAAAUGGAUGACCAAAUACAACAGCAGAUAUCCAAACCAAAACCCCCAAAAACGUCGCUUGUUUCCAAUAGAAUGUCUCAGAAAAAAAUAUUGUCUGCAGUGGUUGUGAAGAAACGGAAACAUGACGAAGUAGCGACCAGCACUUCUGCUGAUAAUAAAGUGAACGACAAACAGCAAAGUGAAGAAAUAACUCAAUCAAAACAUAUUGCAUCAGAUGAAAAAACCAACAAUGUUGCUCGUGAAAAGGUAGCAUCUAACAAAAAGAUAAAAAGCGGUGCCAUGCAAGUAAUUGGCAUUUUGCCAGGCUUAGGAUCCUAUCGUGAGUCUACCGAUUCGGAAGCCAGCAGUGACUCGGAUGUUGAGACUAGUCAGUACGAUUGGAUUGGUAGAAAAAUCUGUAAGGAAGCGUCCGAAGGUAAGUGAUGGGUCUUAUUAGGAAGCAGUGUCUAUAAACGAUGUUUGAGUAAAUAAAAUCUAUUGACACAACUGCAAAA